AUGUCCACCACAAUCGGCGGUUUCGCCGCAGGCGCUCUGGCGGCGUGCGGCGCCGUCACCGUCACCCACCCAGCCGAAGUCCUCAAGAUCCGCCAACAACUCCAAGGCGAGCUGCAGACAAAGGGCGCCCAGCCCCAGUACUACCGCGGCCCGAUCCACGGCAUCAGCGUCAUCGUCAAGAACGAAGGCAUCCGCGGCAUCUACCGCGGUCUCGGCGCCGCCUACAUCUACCAGGUCCUGCUCAACGGCUGCCGCCUGGGCUUCUACGAGCCCAUGCGCAAGGGCAUGUCGCGCCUCUUCCUCCGCGACGAAAACGCCCAGAACCUCGCCAUCAACGUCCUCUGCGGCGCCUCGUCCGGCAUCAUCGGCGCCGCUGCGGGGAGCCCCUUCUUCCUCGUAAAGACCCGCCUGCAGAGCUAUUCUCCCGUCCGGCCCGUGGGCACCCAGCACAACUACCGCAAUGCCUGGGACGGCCUGAGGCAGAUCUACAAAGGCGAGGGCUUCUUCGGUCUGUACCGUGGCAUCACCGCCGCCAUGGUGCGGACUGGAUUCGGCAGCUCUGUCCAGCUGCCCACGUACUUUUUGGCCAAGAGGCAGCUGGUCAAGCACGCCGGCAUGGAGGAGGGACCGGCGCUGCAUCUGGCCAGCUCUUCGGUCAGCGGCUUCGUCGUCUGCUGCGUCAUGCACCCCCCUGACACAAUCAUGUCCCGUCUGUACAACCAGCACGGCAACCUCUACAGCGGCAUCUUCGACUGUCUCGGAAAGACGAUCCGAACGGAGGGCAUCUUCGCCAUCUACAAGGGCUUCAUCCCCCAUCUGGCCCGAAUCCUGCCACACACCAUCCUGACCCUCUCCUUGGCCGAGCAAACCGCCAAGUUGGUGAGAAAGGUUGAGAACCGCAUCCUGCCUAUGCUAGGCUACGACGAGGAAGAGCGCCUCUAA